UCCGCCUCUAGCCACCGCCCUCAACCUCCCACACCCUUGCCGGCCCUGCCUUUCCUCGCGUCUCACCGCCCCGGCCGCCGAGUUCGGGUGUAGAACGCAAUCCGCGUUCGGAGCCAGGCCUCGCCACUCCGCGGGCCGCUGCCUCUCGGCUCCGGCGAAAGCUACCCCCGGGCGCGUGGGCCGCCGCCGCUCCGGCCGUGGAGCUCCUGGGCGGGCAGUGCCGAUAGGCCCUGCCCCAAGGACACCUGUGGAAGAAUACAUGUUCACUUUUAGUGAACAAGAGCAUGUUCCCAAACUCAAUUUUGGGUCGCCCACCUUUCACUCCAAACCAUCAACAACAUAACUUCUUUGCCCUAUCACCAACUCUUUAUUCACACCAGCAGCUUAUAGAUGCACAGUUCAACUUUCAGAAUGCAGACUUAUCUAGAGCUGUGUCAUUACAGCACUUGACAUAUGGAAAUGUCAGUCCAAUUUCCCCAUUGUUUCGAGGAAGGAAGAGAUUAAGCGAUGAAAAAAACCUUCCUCUUGACGGUAAACGACAACGUUUCCAUUCACCCCACCAAGAGCCAACUAUACUUAACCACCUAGUGCCUUUAUCAGGUGAUAGAAGAUACUCAAUGCCUCCGUUGUUUCAUACAAACUAUGUACCAGAUAUAGUCAGAUGUGUUCCACCUUUUCGAGAAAUACCAAUUUUAGAACCUAGAGAAAUCACACUGCCUGAGGCCAAAGAUAAGUUGAGUCAGCAGAUCCUGGAGUUAUUUGAAGCAUGUCAGCAGCAAGUAAGUGAUUUAAAGAAGAAAGAACUUUGUAGAGCACAACUGCAGAGAGAAAUUCAGCUAUUAUUUCCACAAAGCAGACUUUUUUUGGUUGGGUCCUCUUUAAAUGGAUUUGGUACCCGGAGCAGUGAUGGUGAUUUAUGUCUAGUUGUUAAAGACGAACCAUGUUUUUUUCAGGUAAAUCAGAAGACUGAAGCACGGCAUAUACUCACCUUAGUCCAUAAACACUUCUGUACUAGACUUUGUAAGUCGAAUAUGCCUCAAGUUCAUAUGUCAUCUGACAUUAACUAUUUACUUAAAAUGUCUCUCACUUUAUUUUCUGCUGGCUACAUUGAGAGACCUCAGCUGAUUCGAGCAAAAGUGCCAAUUGUGAAGUUCAGGGAUAAAGUCAGUUGUGUGGAAUUUGACUUGAAUGUAAACAAUAUUGUUGGAAUAAGAAACACAUUCCUUCUCCGAACUUAUGCAUAUCUUGAAAAUCGAGUUCGUCCAUUAGUACUGGUGAUUAAGAAGUGGGCAAGUCACCAUGAUAUAAAUGAUGCCAGUCGUGGUACUUUAAGCAGCUAUAGUCUUGUAUUGAUGGUUUUGCACUACUUACAAACCCUACCUGAACCCAUCCUUCCAUCCAUCCAAAAAAUAUACCCAGAAUCUUUUAGUCCUGCUAUACAACUGCACCUUGUACAUCAAGUUCCAUGUAAUGUUCCUCCUUACCUCUCAAAGAAUGAAUCAAAUCUUGGCGACCUCUUACUGGGCUUUCUUAAGUAUUAUGCUACGGAAUUUGACUGGAACAGUCAAAUGAUUUCAGUUCGUGAAGCCAAAGCCAUUCCCAGGCCUGAUGGUAUUGAAUGGAGAAAUAAAUACAUCUGUGUCGAAGAACCUUUUGAUGGAACAAAUACUGCCAGAGCUGUACAUGAAAAGCAGAAGUUUGACAUGAUAAAGGAUCAAUUUUUAAAGUCAUGGCACAGAUUGAGAAACAAAAAAGAUUUGAACAGUAUACUACCUUUAAGAGCUGCUGUCCUGAAAAGAUGACUGGCCUCUAUUACUUAAUAAAUUCUUCUGAUAAAGAACAAUAGUAAUACCAUAAUGCAUUUUGUUUACCUCCAUCAUAGUUUCUUUUCAUUGUUCUUGUUUUCAUGUUUUAUUUUUAAGAGGACAUACUUAUAUAAAGAUUGCAUAUUUUAUUAUAACAUUUCCUAAUAAAACCUUUUGAUUUAGAGAUGUAUUUUUGAAAAUGUUUACAUUGAUGAUUAGUGAUAUUAUGGCAUGAAUUUUCAGGUGAUCAGAUAAAAUAUUUUUGGGGAGACUAUCUGAACAAAUAAAAGGUUUUUGAUAUAACUUCAGUUAAUUGUACCACAUGCUAAUACUGAAAAGAUUUAUGGAAUUUUGGAAAGUAUAAUCUUCAGUAGAUAGUUUAUUGCCUGUCUGGUCUAGUAAAGUGAAGAGUCAAGUCAGUUAUUCAGUUACUUGAAGCAAAAUGAAAUCUUUUAUUUCAAUGAAAUCACUGCAAAGGCAUGAAAUACUGGACAGUUGCCUUAAGUCUUCACUUGCUAUCAGGAUAGAGGCUGUACGUGUGUCUGUAUUAGCAUUUCAUUAGUACCUCAGAUGCUUUUGAUGUACUCAAGAUUGCUUUCAAUUUUUUGUGACAACAGUACAUUUUGCACUGUAGUAAUAUGAGCGCUAACUCUGUAUUGAACAGCAGUUAGUGAAUUGUUUUUAAAAAAUCAAUUCGUUGUAGACAUUCUGAAAAGAUCAAGUCCCUUAUGCUUUAUAGUAGCUUAGUGCAAUAUGCAUUUUAGCUUUACUUCCCAUUUUGUGCUUUUAUUUUCCAUGUGACAUGAAACAACAGAAACUGAAAGGUCAAAGUUGAGAUUACAACCUAUUGAUCAUAUCAGAUUUUUUUCCGUGUGCAAUUAUAGGAUUGUAAUCAACUGGAAUUUUUAGGCAGUAAGUCCCUAAUAAAAUGUUUUAGGGUAAGACAUAAAAUCAUUAUAAAUAAAAGCUUAAUGUUUGUAAAGAUACUUUUUUAGUGUUUCUUUUCCACAUGAAGAAGUAUUGGUGGCUGCUUAAAAAGCUACAGUGUUUAUUAAGGUUGUUUGGGGUUGUGUAAAUAUUUGUAAAGUGGUUAAUGCCUGUACAUUUAAAUAUGAAAAGUAAUCUUGGAAAUAGUUUUAACUUUUUCAAAAGGACUCUGUACAACUUCUUUUAGACCUGCUGUAGCACAGUUUGUACCUCUAAUAUAUUUGGGGGUUUUGUUUUUCGUUUUGUUUUUUUCAAACCAAUCCAAAUGCUAAGACUUGCUUUUCUUUGACUUGUAAAAGGUGCAUAUUUUCAUUUUCUUCUUUAUGUUUAAAGUUUUGUAUUAUGUCAAAUGCAAUAAAGUUUAUAUAUGGAAAUUGUU